AUGCAAACUCGGGCUAAAACUGGUCACUCUAGACCUAAAGCCCUCACAGCACACAUAGAGCCUACAAGUGUGAAACAAGCCCUAUUGAAACCAGAAUGGGUACAAGUUAUGAAACUUGAAUAUACUGCUCUUGUAGCUAAUCAAACAUGGAGUCUCACCACACUUCCUCCUCAUAGGCAAGCUGUAGGGUGUAAAUGGGUCUUCAAGGUAAAAGAAAAUCUAGAUGGUAGUGUGAACAAAUACAAAGCCAGGUUGGUUGCUAAAGGAUUUCAUCAACAACUAGGUUUUGACUAUACUGAAACAUUCUCUCCAGUGGUCAAGCCUACCACCAUAAGAAUCAUUCUGAGUUUGGCUCUCACAUACAAAUGUGAUAUCCAACAAAUUGAUAUAAAUAAUGCUUUUCUAAAUAGCUCUCUUUAA